AUGCGGGCCGUGCUCUUCCUUGUCUUGAUGGCACUCGCCGCUGCCUCUGAGCGCCGGCGGCGAGACCGUGGUCGCGACUUUGAGAUCAAGUUUCGGACAGACGGAAUAACAAAAGACCAAUUGCAAGGCUUAAACUUCACCGUGGUUCAUUUCAAGAUCGUGCCAUUGCAAGAUCCAUUUCAUCAGUUUCAGAGAGGUCAGCGGCAUUCAAUUGCUGGGAAUUCUGGCAGCUUUCGCUUCCGGAUGGGUGACAUUGCUGACUCGAGCAUCACCAGGUAUUUCGCAGGGCAUUUGCCAGAAUGGAAGCAGACCUUGUCUCCCUGGCCGAAAAAGAUGUAUUUCGCAGCCAUCGGCGAUCUGGAUGUGCAACUGCAGCUUGGGGAGAAGCCCGGGUCCAGCUUCAGGUUCAAGGACGUGAUGUUUGGACCCUACGUCAGGGAUGAGCAUCCUACAUGUAUUGGCCAGAAGUGUUAUGCAUGGUUGUUUGGAGGCUCAUCCUGUCGCCGCUACCUCGAUAGCUAUCAAUUCUUUGAUCAUCAAGUUGAAUGCAAAAGUGAAAAGCAUGCAUCUGGAGAAGUUGCCAGCAUUGUGGUUCGCCUCGAAGCUUGGGAAGUUCACUUCAGGUAUAUCUCGGUUGGGAAAGAAGGAUGCAACAAGACGAACGCGACCCCUUCAGCACGCAGUGAUGGUGCGCCAAAGGGCAACACGACUGUGCCGUAG